GCGCAGAGCGCGGGGACUGCGCCGCCGCUCGGGCUCCGGCUGCUCCGCGGGGCUCGGCGCGCGAAUUCCGGCGAGGCCCCGCGAGCUCCCGGGCGGGCGACCCAGCAUGGCGGUGGAGGAGGAAGGGCUCCGGGUCUUCCAGAGCGUGAAGAUCAAGAUCGGUGAAGCCAAAAACCUUCCCACGUACCCGGGGCCAAACAAGAUGCGAGACUGCUACUGCACCGUGAACCUGGACCAGGAGGAGGUUUUUAGGACCAAAAUUGUGGAGAAGUCACUCUGCCCUUUCUACGGAGAAGACUUCUACUGCGAAAUUCCUCGGAAUUUUCGGCACCUGUCAUUUUACAUUUUCGAUAGAGAUGUUUUCCGGAGGGAUUCCAUCAUAGGGAAGGUGGCCAUCCAGAAGGAGGACCUGCCCAAGUACCACAACAGGGACACGUGGUUCCAGCUGCAGCACGUGGAUGCAGACUCUGAAGUGCAGGGCAAGGUCCACCUGGAGCUGAGGCUGAGUGAGGUCAUCACCGACACGGGCGUCGUCUGCCACAAGCUGGCCACGCGCAUCCUCGAGUGCCAAGGCCUUCCCAUUGUGAACGGGCAGUGUGACCCCUAUGCCACCGUGGCCCUGGCAGGACCGUGCAGAUCAGAGGCAAAGAAGACGAAGGUGAAAAAGAAGACCAACAACCCGCAGUUUGAUGAAGUGUUUUAUUUUGAGGUGACCAGACCCUGCAGCUACAGCCGGAAAUCCCACUUUGACUUUGAGGAGGAAGACGUAGACAAACUUGAAAUCCGAGUUGACCUCUGGAAUGCCAGCAACUUGAAAUUUGGAGAUGAGUUUCUGGGAGAACUAAGGGUUCCGCUGAAUGUGCUGCGACAGUCCAGCUCUUACGAAGCCUGGUACUUCCUUCAGCCCCGAGACAACGGCAGCAAGAGCCUGAAGCCGGGGGACUUGGGAUCUCUGCGGCUGAACGUGGUCUACACUGAAGACCACGUCUUCUCCUCCGACUACUACGGCCCACUGCGGGACCUGCUGUUGAAGUCUGCGGAUGUGGAGCCGGUGUCCGCAUCCGCAGCUCACAUCCUGGGCGAGGUGUGCAAGGAAAAGCAGGAGGCCGCCAUCCCCCUGGUGAGGCUCUUCCUGCACUACGGCCGGGUCGUGCCCUUCAUCAGCGCCAUCGCCAACGCCGAGGUCCGGAGGACCCAGGACCCCAACACCAUUUUCCGAGGAAACUCCUUGACCUCCAAGUGUAUCGAUGAGACAAUGAAACUGGCAGGGAUGCAUUACCUGCAUGUGACCCUUAAGCCCACCAUAGAGGAGAUAUGCCAGAGCCACAAAUCCUGUGAAAUUGACCCUGUGAAACUGAAAGACGGAGAAAACCUUGAGAACAACAUGGAGAAUCUUCGGCAGUACGUUGACCGCAUCUUCAACAUCAUCACCAAAUCGGGAGUGAGCUGCCCGACCGUCAUGUGUGACAUUUUCUUCUCUCUUCGGGAGGCGGCUGCCAAGCGCUUCCAGGAUGACCUGGAUGUGCGGUACACAGCUGUGAGCAGCUUCAUUUUCCUGAGGUUUUUCGCUCCUGCUAUCCUGUCCCCCAACCUCUUCCAGCUCACGCCUCACCACACGGACCCGCAGACAUCGAGAACGCUGACACUUAUCUCGAAGACCAUUCAAACGCUUGGUAGCUUGUCCAAAUCAAAAUCUGCCAGUUUUAAGGAAUCCUACAUGGCUGCGUUUUAUGAAUUCUUCAAUGAGCAAAAAUAUGCUGAUGCAGUAAAAAACUUCUUAGAUUUGAUCUCGUCUUCUGGGAGAAGAGACCCCAAGAGCAUCGAGCAGCCCAUUCUGCUCAAGGAAGGGUUCAUGAUUAAGAGGGCGCAGGGACGGAAACGCUUUGGGAUGAAGAAUUUUAAGAAAAGAUGGUUCCGCCUGACCAACCAUGAGUUUGCCUACCAGAAAAGCAAAGGAGACCAGCCUCUGUGCAGCAUUCCCAUCGAGAACAUUCUGGCAGUGGAGAGACUGGAGGAGGAGUCCUUCAAGAUGAAGAACAUGUUCCAGGUCAUCCAGCCGGAGCGAGCUCUGUACAUCCAGGCCAACAACUGUGUGGAGGCCAAGGCCUGGAUCGACAUCCUCACCAAAGUGAGCCAGCGCAACAAGAAGCGCCUCACUGUCUACCACCCCUCCGCCUACCUGAACGGCCACUGGCUCUGCUGCAGGGCCUCGUCGGACACAGCUCCUGGCUGUUCCCCCUGCACCGGUGGCCUCCCGGCAAACAUCCAGCUGGACAUCGAUGGGGACCGAGAGACAGAGCGUAUCUACUCCCUCUUCAACUUGUACAUGAGCAAGCUAGAGAAAAUGCAAGAGGCCUGUGGCAGCAGAUCUGUGUACGACGGCCCCGAGCAGGAGGAGUACUCCACGUUCAUCAUCGACGACCCCCAGGAGACCUACAAGACUCUGAAGCAGGUUAUCACUGGGGUGGGGGCCCUGGAGCAGGAGCAUGCCCAGUACCGAAGGGACAAGUUCAAAAAGACCAAGUAUGGGAGCCAGGAGCACCCCAUCGGAGACAAGAGCUUCCAGAACUACGUCAGGCAGCAAUCUGAGACCUCCACCCAUUCCAUUUGAAGCCUGCAGGCUGUCCUGGCUGGGAUGGCCCUGUGCUGCCCCAGGAGAGCCGCGGUCUCCGGGAAGGAGGGGACAGAGGAAAGACGAGAGGCCGCAGCCAGCAGGGAAAGGGACCCACACAUCUUCAGCUCACACAGAUGGCACGCAACGGGCUCGGGGGACCGCAGGGACUCUGCCUGUGGUGGCUGUGCAUUUUGCUCACCCUGCUGGCCGGCGCCCCGUAGCACUGCUUGCGUCUGUGUGCUUUCGCCUUUGUGGGGUUCUGUGUGCCCGCGCCCCCGGAGCCCUCCGGCACUCUUCCUUAACAUCCUGCUUCCACAAGACGGGAUGCUAGUGGCGUGAUUUGUUUCCCGUGAGCGUGCCUCCUGGUGGUGUUCUUCCUGGCUGGAGGGCCCGCUUUGUGGCUUCGUGGUGCUUAACCGCACGAAGUCACAAUUUGAGGAUGCUCCUGAUGUUUUGGAGGUACAGGGUCCUGCAGAGAGCACCUGGGUGGGGUUUCCAGUCUGCCCUCCCAGAUGCUGGAGUCCCGUCCCGUGGGCCGCAGAGGCCAGUCCGUGGCCUGCAGACGCUGCCGGAGCCAGCGGCGGGCUGAGCGUGCCCCUUCAAGCAAAAGCUGUGGUUGUUUUGCCGUCUGUGGGGCUUCAAAGUAGAAUCCACACUGGCUGCCCCUUGUGGGAGUUUGGGGAAGGUUUUUAAGAUAAGAAAUGUACAUUAUUUUCAAGCUGGUUUUCUUAAUGUUUUUAAAGGACUGCUUCUAAUGAGCUCUUUGAUAUCAAGUACCUCAAACAUGUAAACCUGUGCUCAUCAAAGGGGAGGGUGCCACGGCGGAGCGACAGCGGGCCCGCAGUGCACCCCCCAGAUGCCAGUCCCAGGCCCUCCGCAGUCCCCAGGGGAAGUGAGGAUGUCCUGAGCUUGAGCCGGGACACCCCCACCCCGACCCCAGGCCCCAGGAGCAGCAAUUUGCUGUGUCUCAGAAGCUCCUAGAAGCCGCCGGGCAGUGGAGGGGCAUCUCUUAGGGGUCGGGGCCGCUGAUGAGGAGCAGUUAGCCCUUGACACUUGGAAAGCACUGUCUGACACGUAGACCUUGUGCCCGUAUCUGCCCUUCUUUGCAAAUACUGUCCUUCAGACUCUGACUGAUGGCAGAUAGUAGCAUUACUUGUCACAAAAAUGGUGGAGGAAAAUGUUGCAAAAACUUUGGGACACACAGCUAUGAGGCUGCACAGAACUGCAAUUUUUAACAUGGAUUUGUAACUUAAUGUUUCUGUUUAUAAGAUACUAAUGAUUUGCAAUGUAUUUUACUGGCCAAUUAAAACAGACCUUUUAUUCUUUCUGA